UCUCUCUCUCUCUCUCUCUCUCUCUCGUCUCUUAUUUCUCUCCCUUCCUCCUUCCCACCAUCAAUGUCUUCACCGCUAUAAGACGACUGUCACUUUAUAGUACUUGCCAGUACAAGUGCUAACAACCUUUCUACAGUUUCCAUAAACAAAAGGACAUUUGAAUGCAUAGGGCCUACAUGAAUUUACAUAGAAUAUUUUAAUCAAGGAACUGUAAAUAUUUUACAGAAUCAUUGCUCAAAUUAUUUUUCUGAAGGGCAAAGGGCCUUUAAUGUUAGCAACAAAACUGUUGUCUGCAAUAUGCACAGUGCAGAGUUGAAUGAAAAUUUGGCAAAAUAGUUACUGAUUCCGCAAAUGUCCAUCUAUAGUCCGUACCACAGGGAUCGCAUUUUUUUCAUACUAUGUAAUUUACUACAAGUUAUUUAUUUCCGAGCCGAUUAAUUUGUAAAUUGCAUACACAAAUUGUAUUUCUUUGUUAUUUCCAAAACAAUUUUACUUUACUUCUUACUUUACAGCCACUCUUGAGGAGAUCCCUUACUGGACAAUACAUCCUUCUUGCACCGCCACUCCCUGACUAGUUGUGAUAACAUGCACUCAUGAAUCACUGUCAAAACAAUGAUAUCAGGGGUUCAAGAAAGUUGAGCAUAUCCUGCCUUCAUGAGUACUGCUAUCACAGUACACUUGCACCAGAUGACGUUUGUCAAGCAUGUUGUUAUGGCGACAGGGCAUCUGGGAAGAAGCAGAUGCCUGUUUGGAGAGAUGCACCAGGUGGUCAGCAAUAUUACCCAUCUCACAACAUUGCCCCCGGUUCCCACACGCCUGUGCUGAUCUCUAGUCAGCAUUACCCGAGUGAACUGAGUGAGAUGACGGCGCGGGUGGUGCAGCCCAUGAAGUGGGGCCUGACUCCAUCAUGGCACAAGGGUGACCCCAUGAAGAUGGAGUACGAAACCACCAACUGCCGAGCUGAGGGGAUGCUCACCAAGAAAACGUACCGGGCUCCUCUAGACAAGGGCCGGCGCUGUGUAGUGCUGGCAGAUGGGUUUUUUGAAUGGAAGCGAGACCAGAAAGUUAAGCAGCCAUAUUUCAUUUCAUUUUCAAAAGAUUCAGCUUCAACAGUAAAGAAAGAAGACAUUGUUGUCAAGCACGAAGAUGACGAAUUGAAGCACAAUGUUGAAGACUCUGACAAAAGAUUACUGACGAUGGCCGGUGUUUUUGACAUAUGGAAACCACCUGAUGGUGGUGCUCCCAUCUUCUCAUACAGCGUGAUCACUGUCAAGUCGUCUCCUGCAAUGUCGUGGAUUCACGACAGAAUGCCAGCUAUACUUACAACAGAUGAAGAAAUCGAGGACUGGCUGAAUUUUAGUACUGUUCCACUGGUAAAGGCUUCCAAGCUGAUCCGACCAGUUGAAUGUGUGUCCAUGUAUCCCGUCUCAACUAUUGUGAAUAACUCUCGGAACAAGUCUCCAGACUGCACAAAACCCAUUGAUUUACAAAAGUCUACGAAAACUGCGAGCAGUAACUUCAUGAUGAACUGGCUGAAACCUAAAACCAAGUCUGAUGUUAAAACGGAUGAACCAGAUGUGAAGAAGAUCAAACAUGAAAACACAGAUUAGCUUCAGUUUCUUGUUGAAUGUGAACAAAUAUUUAGCGAAGUAGUUAAUCUCUACCUCAUUGCUUCUGCUGGACUUCGUUAUUAGUCUGAUGCAGACAACGUUCAUAGCUAAUCAUCAUUCUUGCAUAACCAGCUUUUAUCCUUGAUCCUUGUGGUACUUGAUCAGUACACUUUGCUUCUGCUGGACUUCGUUAUUAGUCUGAUGCAGACAACGUUCAUAGCUAAUCAUCAUUCUUGCAUAACCAGCUUUUAUCCUUGAUCCUUGUGAUACUUGAUCAGUACACUUUGCUUCUGCUGGACUUCGUUAUUAGUCUGAUGCAGACAACGUUCAUAGCUAAUCAUCAUUCUUGCAUAACCAGCUUUUAUCCUUGAUCCUUGUGAUACUUGAUCAGUACACUUUGCUUCUGCUGGACUUAGCUAAUCAUCAUUCUUGCAUAACCAGCAUUUAUCCUUGAUCCUUGUGAUACUUGAUCAGUACACUUUGCUUCUGCUGGACUUCGUUAUUAGUCUGAUGCAGACAACGUUCAUAGCUAAUCAUCAUUCUUGCAUAACCAGCUUUUAUCCUUGAUCCUUGUGGUACUUGAUAAGUACACUUCAUUGCACAAUUUUAGAGUUAACAUAUUUUGACAUACUAUUAUCCCAGAAUUUCCAUCAAGUCUGAGAAACAUUCUGGAAGUGGUGUCGGACUUUGUGUUCUGGUGUAUUUAUCUCAUGGUUACAUUUGUUUGUCUGCAACUAUUAUACAACUCCCAUUUUUGUUAUGUUCAUUAAUGGAAAGAAAGGAUUUGUUUUGUUAGUUUAUUUUUUUGCAUCUGCUAGUAUCGGAUAUUCCUCAUGAACUUUUAUUCUCAAACUAAAAGUGAGAUACUGCCGAUCAUUUUAGUGCUUCCAUGUAUACGCUGGUACUAGAUCGGACAUCAGCACGUACCUAUUGCCAGUGGUGGUUGAAAAUUUCAGAUGCUGACGUUGCACACUAAGAUGUCGGUGUCCAAAACAUCUUGCAUUCAUUGCCAAUCACACUCAGUCUGUAGUUUUAUUUGUAAUAUAAUUUAAUAUUC